UCCUCCUCUCUCUCUCUCUCUCUCUUACUCUCUUUAGCUCUCGAUAUCUCUCGUUAAUUUAAUCUCGAGAUUAAUUAAGUUAGUUAGCAAUGGCUGUGGAGACGACCGUUUCAACACCGCUGGGACCGGCGGCAUGCGAGAAUGAUGCGAAGAAGCUUCAGUUUAUCGAGGAGACGACGGCGAACACGGAUAAGGUGCAGGAGAAGGUCCUGGCGGAGAUUUUAAGCCGGAACGCCGAGACGGAGUAUUUGCAGAGGUAUAAGUUAGGGGGGGCGACGGACCGGGACGCGUUCAAGGCGAAGCUCCCGGUUGUGACCUACGAGGACCUGCAGCCGGAGAUCCAAAGGAUCGCAAACGGCGACCGGUCGGCUAUUCUCUCGGCCCACCCUAUCUCGGAGUUCCUCACCAGUUCUGGGACUUCGGCUGGGGAGAGGAAGUUGAUGCCCACCAUUCAAGAGGAAUUGGACCGGCGUCAGCUGCUCUACAGCCUUCUCAUGCCGGUCAUGAACAUAUACGUGCCUGACCUAGACAAGGGAAAGGGCCUCUACUUCCUCUUCAUCAAGGCCGAGACCAAGACCCCCGGCGGCCUCACCGCCCGGCCGGUCCUCACCAGCUACUACAAGAGCGACCACUUCAAGCGCCGCCCCUUCGACCCCUACAACGUCUACACCAGCCCCACCGCCGCCAUCCUCUGCGCCGACUCCUUCCAGAGCAUGUACUCCCAGAUGCUCUGCGGCCUCCUCCGGCGCCUCGAGGUCCUCCGCGUCGGCGCCGUCUUUGCCUCCGGCCUCCUCCGCGCCAUCCGCUUCCUCCAGCUUCACUGGCGGGACCUCUCCAGCGACAUCGCCACCGGCACCCUCAACCCGAGGAUCACCGACCCCUCGGUCCGAGACGCCGUGGCCGAGCUCCUCCGCCCCGACCCCGCCCUCGCCCAAUUCAUCACCUCCGAGUGCUCCACCGACAGCUGGGCCUGCAUCAUCACCAGAAUCUGGCCCAACACCAAGUACCUCGACGUCAUCGUCACCGGAGCCAUGGCGCAGUACAUCCCGACCCUCGAGUACUACAGCGGCGGCCUCCCGAUGGCCUGCACCAUGUACGCGUCCUCGGAGUGCUACUUUGGCCUCAACCUCAAGCCUAUGUGCAAGCCUAGCGAGGUCUCCUACACCAUCAUGCCCAAUAUGGCCUACUUCGAAUUCCUCCCCCACAAGCCCUCCUCCAUGACCGGACCAAAUUCCAUCAAACUUGUCGACCUAGCCAACGUCGAGAUCGGUAAGGAGUACGAGCUGGUGAUCACGACAUAUGCUGGGCUAUACCGUUACCGAGUCGGGGAUAUACUAAGAGUGACCGGGUUCCACAACACGGCGCCGCAGUUCCGGUUCAUAAGAAGGAAGAACGUCCUGCUGAGCAUCGAGUCGGAUAAGACCGACGAGGCGGAGCUGCAGGCGGCCGUGGAUCGGGCGUCGGCGCUGCUGCGGCCGUACGGGGCGAGCGUGGUGGAGUACACGAGCCAGGCCGACGCGCGGGCAAUCCCGGGGCACUACGUGAUAUACUGGGAGCUUCUGGUGAGGGAGGAAGGGAGGUGGCCGGAGGGGGAAGCGCUGGAGAAAUGCUGCCUGGAGAUGGAGGAGGCGAUGAACACGGUCUACCGGCAGAGCCGAGCGGCCGACGGAUCCAUUGGGCCGCUGGAGAUAAGGGUGGUCAAGGCAGGGACCUUUGAGGAGCUCAUGGACUACGCCAUUUCCAGGGGGGCCUCCAUCAACCAGUACAAGGUGCCGAGGUGUGUGAGCUUCCCGCCGGUCAUAGAGCUGCUGGACUCGAGGGUGGUGUCGGCCCACUUCAGCCCGGCCUGCCCCAAGUGGGCCCCUCAAUAGGAGCUAGUGGUAUGGGUGGGGCCCGGAGGGCAUCUCAACCAACCAAACGACGAGCUACUCCACUAGUUAUUUUAGCUGCAUGUUUGAUAGCUAAUCGGCAUCAGCGAUGCCGGCUGCUUCAGGCUUUCGGAUAACUUAAUCUGGUACUGGUUCUGUAGUGUUUGUGUUUGCUGAUCGGCGUCAACGAUGCCGGUUGCUUUAGGCUUUCGGAUAACUUAAUCGGGUGUUUCUUUUCUUUUCUGUAUUAAGAUUGUCGUGUUUGGUUGGGCUCUUGCGAGCGUUAAUUAUAAAUUAAGUGCUGUCCUUUUGGAUCCCAA